UUAAUGCAUUGUUUACGUCUGUCGUGAAAGUAGGUCACAGGAAAGUGUGACAGUUAGCUGGUGGACAGAAUCCGAUUGCUUUUACAGAUACAUACAUUACAGUGUCAUACUAAAAGCUUCAGGUAUACGAGACUCCAGUGAUCGCAGUGGUGCCCCUGAAAGACAGCUGUUCUUUCUAUGAUUGACAGGUGCGGAGGCUCCUGGUUGGCAUGUCGAGGCGGAGCAGAAACAGCAGGGCGUGGAGGUACGUAUGGAGUGGGAUCCGACGGGAUGCAGAUGCAAGAGCGCUGGUACUUGCCUCCGAGAAUGACGAGUGGGGUUAUGAUCGCCAGCAGUACAGUGACUCUGAUUCUGAAGCCGAGUAUCCAGCCAUUGUUCCGGCAGUUCCGAGCGCGGUGCCUGUAACGGGAGAGUCAUACUGCAGCUGUGAUUCACAGAUGGAGCUCAGCUGUAACCCACGGCUCCGGGGUUACACACACUGCCACUGCGGAGAAGAUGACCAAGAUUUUGACUGGGUGUGGGAUGAGGGCAGCCAGUCGUCUGCUACACUGCUGAGCUGUGAGAACAGGAAAGUGAGCUUCCACUCGGAGUAUAGCUGUGGAACGGCAGCCAUUCGCGGCUCCAAAGAACUCUCAGAGGGACAGCACUUCUGGGAGAUUAAAAUGACUUCUCCAGUCUACGGCACAGACAUGAUGGUUGGUAUUGGCUCAUCAGAUGUGAGUCUGGACAAAUAUAGACACACAUUCUGCAGCCUGCUGGGUAAAGAUGAAGACAGCUGGGGUCUGUCAUAUACAGGUCUGUUACAUCAUAACGGUGAUAAAGUAAGCUUUUCAUCACGUUUCGGACAGGGUUCCAUUAUUGGUGUUCACUUGGACACUUGGCACGGCACCCUCACCUUCUACAAAAACCGCAAGUGCAUCGGUGUCGCAGCUACAGAGAUGAAGAAUAAGCGUGUUUUUCCGAUGGCGUGUUCCACCGCGGCUAAAAGCAGCAUGAAGGUAAUUCGCUCGGUCUCCGCGCCCACCUCUCUACAGUACCUGUGUUGCUCACGACUCCGCAAGCUGCUCCCGUCUGGAGUCGAUGUGCUCCGAGUCCUGCCCCUGCCGCCCGGCCUCAGACACCUUCUUCACUCCAAGCUGGGAUGGGUGCUAAGCCUGGAUCAUACGCACACGCACUCGAACACACACACCCCGCCAGGACCCUCCUCGGGCAGUGACUCUGAGGGCUGCUCCUCAGACCCCGAGGCCUGCCAGCGGAAACGUUGCCGCUGGACCUGAGGCUGCGUGUGCACAUCAAUUAUGCAUCAUUAUGCACACAUCAGAAAAUGUCUCCACAAAUAAAAAAAAGAACCAACAUUAUAUAAACACUGGGCGUGUGCUGUUAAUCACAGCGGUGGAUAACAGGGCUGGCUGAUUAACGUCAAGGUCAGUGAAGCCUGUUUUACUAGUUGCAUCGCUGGUAAAUUUUCAUCUUUCAAGGCUCUAAAGGUAGUUUGCUCCAUCAGGUGACAUUUGGAUAUAUAUUACAGUAUUCGUAGUCAGUUUUUAUGAUGUCGUGAACUCCCAGUGGAAUGAAGACCAGCUCUUCAGACAAAAGCAAGAUGUGAACCUCAUGAACCUGUUCUGAUGUGAGGAACAAUAACAUGCCACCAUCUGAAGCGCAGACAAACACACACACUGUUUGCAUUCACACAAUAAACCCAAACGAUACACCUUGAGUGAACUGUGAAUUUCUCCAUUACUGCCUUCACUUGGGGGCAGAAAAAGUUACGUGAUCUCCUCUGAAGUAAUGCAUAUUCAUGUCUCUCCAUUACAGGCCACUCAGACAUCUCAGCACUUCUCUCUUUAUGUUUGAACAAUCGUAUGUUUUUACUCUAUUCUUAUUUUAUCAAACAACUUGGACUUGCCAACACAACAGUGAAGUCAUGAUGAAAAUCAUCUGCAUAAAUGUGUUUUAAAUACCAUUAUGUUGAAAUGGUGAGGAAAAUGCCUGUGUAUUUUGACACUUCUUCUCUCUAGGAAUUACUUUGGGCCCUAGUUAUUACUCAGUGUGUUUAUGUGUAUCUGAGCUGUAUUUCCCUGGAAAUACCUUAAUGCAAUUGUCGAACUGACUGAUGCUAAGCGAAGUAGAGGUUGCUUCAUGUUUAAUCUGCAACAUCUCUACGUGAGGUUCAUAUUGAAUUCAUAUGGGGUUUAUAUGAAAGAUUUUGUAAUUAAUUGUUUUAAAAAAAAGCAAGUCAUGUUUUUGUUACCCAUAAAGCACUUUUUGCGCUUAUUGUAUGUAUGUAGAAAUAUAUACAGGUCCCUAUGCUGUGUUCUACGCGUGUUGUAUGUCAUAAGCGCGAGCGAGAGCUCACUCUCUCAUUCUCUGUCUUCUCUCUUCCUUCUUUCGCUGCUACGCCGUACAUUAAGCAUGGCCUUUUAUAUGAGUCAAGGAAAAUUAUAUAUGCAUUAAAAAAGGGGCUGAAUAUGUUUUUGACUGUUGUUCUUCUUGAGAUC